CGCGUUGAUACUCGCCCCACGUAAGACGCAACUAACAUUUAUCGUAAGCCUUCUGUAGCCGCAAGCGAUAGUGAAUUACAAAUUGUGAAAAUAUUGUACCUAAUUAUCUCACGAAAUAUAGAAUGUCAUUGCUUGAUGAUAUACAGCUCAUAGAAGAAGUCAAAAAGUACCCUCUUCUCUUCGACACUAAUGUUAAAGGUUAUAAAGAUCACGAAACAAAGGACAAAACAUGGGUGAAAAUUGCUGGAAAGCUGCAGGUAAAACCAUUAGAGGCAAAGAAUAGGUGGAGGAACUUGAGAGACAGAUUUGUGCGAGAGAAAAAAUUGAUGUCCUCGGAUAAUGAAACUGACAAGGCGCAGAGAGCAACUCCUUGGCCUUUACUCGAGCACAUGUCGUUCAUAUGGAAUUUCAUCAUCCACAGACGUAGAUAUACCAUGAAUUCAAUAAAAAAUGAGCCAAAAGGCUAUCUACCAAUAGCUCCAAAAAAAGAUGCAGCAGAAUGGAUGAUAUCUGUGGACUGUGAGAAUGAGGGCGAAGAUAUACUAUGCAAUAAAAAUGAUCAGGAAGAAACAAAAUCGAAAAGACAGAAGCUGCUUCCCUACCAGGAACAAUCUAUGGACGAAUCACCUGAUUUGUACCAUGUAUCUGAAGACACAAGGAGUUACUCUCAGAGAGCUGAUCAAUGUCUAAAUUCACAAUCGUACGUUGCCGAUGAACAACAUUACUUUUGCAUGUCGGUUGCUGAAACAUUACGCAGAUUUACACAGAGGCAGAGUGCGGAGGCUAAAUUAAAAAUACAACAAAUUUUAUACGAGACUGAGUUUGGCGAGGCUAACGCCGUUUUUGAAGAUGCUUUUAUAGAUCCGCAAUGAAUAAAUCUGAAAGAGAA